AUGGUGGCCAACAAGAUCAAAAGGGUUGCCGUGAUUGGCGCUGGGCCAUCAGGAGCAAUCACCGUAGACGCUCUGGUUCAAGAGCAGGCAUUUGAUCAAAUUCGUGUUUUUGACAGGCAACAAGGUCCAGGAGGUUGUUGGUACGGAGAUAAACUCCCACCAGUACCUUUGACCAAUUUCUCAGCGCUUGCCACAAGGACGGCAGACCAACCAGUAGAGGUACCAACACAAAUCCCAGGCCACACGAACAGGAACGAGCAACCCCGAUGGACAGACUCAUCAAUCUACCCCUAUCUUGAGACCAACGUCGAUGUGGUCACAAUGGAGUACACCCAAGAACCCAUCGUUGGAGCACUUUCUGCGCGAACCAUUGAAUUACAUGGUCAAAAGUCUCCUUUCCGACACUGGACUGUCAUGAGAGACUAUGUGACGAGUCUGUUCAAACGCAAUGGCUACGAGGAUUUCGUGUCUUAUAACACUCAUGUUGAGAGGGUGGAAAAGGUUGGUGACGAGUGGAAAAUCACGCUUCGGCGAGAGGAAGAUGAUCAAGACUACUGGUGGGUCGAGUGGUUCGACGCUGUGAUUGUAGCAAGCGGACAUUUCAACGUCCCAUAUGUCCCGGCGGUAAAGGGUCUGGAGGAGUUUGAGGAACAACAUCCUGGCAGUGUGUUGCACAGUAAAAUGUACCGUGGCCGAGAAGCCUAUCAAGGCAAACGUGUUGUUGUGGUUGGUGGCUCGGUCUCUGCAGCCGACAUCUCGACUGAUCUUGUCGGUGUGGUGGAUUCCAAGGUCUACGCAGUCGUCAACGGACACACCAUCAAUGUAUACUUUGGAGAUGGUGCUUUCAACAACCCUGGAGUCGCCAGAAAGCCAACCAUCUCGUACAUCGAUACCUCGGCAGGCCAGCGUACUGUACACUUCAUCGACGGCACCUCCGUUCAGAAUGUUGAUCACAUCAUUUUCGGCACUGGAUAUUCCUGGAGUCUACCUUUCCUACCGGAUGUAAAGAUCAGAAACAACAGAGUACCUGGACUGUAUCAGAAUGUCGUAUACCAGCAGGAUCCAACAUUGCUCUUCGUUGGAGCAGUUGGAGCUGGACUGACAUUCAAAAUCUUCGAGUGGCAAGCUGUGCUCGCUGCAAGAGUGCUAGCAGGACGUGCUGAACUGCCACCCAUCGAGGAACAACAGAAAUGGGAGGCAGAACGCGUCAAGAAGAAGGGAGACGGUCCUGCAUUCAAUGUCAUCCACCCUGAUUUCGAAGAGUAUUUCGAGACCGUCAGAGCUCUUGCUGGUCCAGGCACAGAUGGCAAAGGCCGACCCCUACCACCUUACAAGCCCGAAUGGUUCGAUGCGUUCAUGAAUGGUCACGAACUGCGAAAGCAGAUGUGGGCUAGAAAGAAUGCUGCUGCGAUGGAGAGUACCAAAGCAAGAAUCUGA